AUGGCGGCCGAGGAAGAGGAUUUCGCUUCCUACAGAAGUGACUGGGAAUCUAGAUGGGGAUCCAAGGGGGGAUGCGGCUUCUUCAAAGGCACGAUUCUUGUUAGAUUUCUAACGCAUUCUUCACUUUGGUGCUUCCAUGCAACGCAAUUGAGUUCCAUGCGCUUCAAAUACUCGACACCUAAACCCAGCUUAGACGAUGGUAUCGUCGCGAAUACCUUGCAGAUCUUCUCCAUUAAACUCACAGAAAUUAAAGGCGGCUUCGAAUGGCCAUUGCCUGUGUAUGGUGUGGUUGUUGCCCGGGACCAUGUUGAUCACAAUCGCAACCUUCUCUUCUGUCGCAGUAGGGCAAGGACCCAAAUAGUCCGGCAAAACGAUCCUUUUUUGCACUUGAUUGGGCCAUCUCGUGCGAUCCUAUUCAAUGAUCCUGUUGACUUUGAAAUUCAGCUAAAAGUUAAAUGUGGAGCCAUGUCUGGAGAUAGAGAAUUGAUCAGCAAGACGCACUGUUAUCGUGCACGUCAUCAUGGUGUGCAUACCGUUUGCUUUGAGAACCGCUUAUGUAAAAUAGAGUUGUGCAUGGAGCUGCUUGUGGCGACAAUCCAGGCCACAAUCUGCAGCAUCCGUGUUGUUAAACAGGGGAUACGGCAGCGUGUUGAACGUCGAUGCCGAGUAGCUUGCUCGACAGCACCCUACUCACGCAAGAUCAUCAACGGUAAAACCACUUAUGUUGCUAAUGCCUCAUCUGGUGAAGUCGUGCUGCUUGAUCCUGGUAGACAUGCAACACCUGAAGGUUCGGAAGGUUACCUUGAUCUGUCAAGGCGUGUGGUGUCUGUAGAACAUGAAGAAGGCAACCUGGAACUCGUUGUACAUGCCUACUCAUCAUCCGGAGAUAUCACUGCACAAGGGCACGUCUCCUUGGCACCCAGAUCUUUUGGCUUCAGUCAGAAGAAAUUCUAUGUUGAUGAUGCUGUGCUAGAAAUUACCGUUGAUUGGUCUUUCCUUGUAGCAAACAAGGAUACUCUUGUGAGACCUGUGGGUUUUUGA